GUCUCUUCGUCUGUCUAUCUCUCCAUCGGCAGCGACUGGGCGGCUCGCCUCACUCUUUGAGUCUCUCAUCUCUCCAUCGUCUCUUUGUCUCUGUCAGUCUCUCGUCGGCAAGCAGGAAGAACUUGCGGAGCCUGCUGACUUUGAUUUUAAUGACAAGAAAUUUAACUCACAGAAAAUGAAAGGUUGGUAGAAAUUUAAAGGAAAACAGAUAUCCUUGAUUGUCUGAAGAGAUAAAUUUGGAUAAGGAAUGGAUUCCACUUUUUGGCUACUUAAGGACAUCUGGAAUGAAGGAGUCGCACUUUAUCCAAAUAUAUGAAAGGCACAUGUCCUCACUUCAAAUUAAUGUAUGUUCUGCACAGGAAAGGUUAGAAUACGUAAUGAGUGUUAGUGUCAAACAUGGAGAUGUAAUAAUAAUCAUUUCGAGACAGCCACAAAUUCUUGAGUAUGGAGAACAAUUUAAAAACUCAUGUUGCAUUUUUUAUGGGUUUGGGAAUGCCAAAUUCCAGAGUAGGACAAAUCAUUGUCGCUGCUCCCUCCCUGUUUUCUUUUCGUGCUGAAAAUUCUUUAGAACCAUCAGUAAGAUAUUUAGUUGAGGAAGUUGGCAUCAAGGAAACGGAUCUGAGUAAAGUCAUCCAGCUGAGCCCACAAAUUCUUGUUCAGCGAAUUGACAUUGGAGGAGUUUUUUUCUUCAGGAUCGAAAAUUGGCAGGACAUAAGCCAUGUCCUUCAUCAGCAACCCGGCUUCACCUACAUUUUCUAAGGCAUUGGAGCUCAAGAGAUGCCUUCUUCAAGGCUUCAACUCUUUCAAAAACCUCAAACAUGUCCAUGCCCAAAUUCUCCGCCUUCACCUAAAUGAAGAUAAUUACCUUGUCAACAUGAUCUUACGCUGUUGCUUAGACUUCAGAAACACAGAGUAUACCAAACUUGUUUUUGAACAAACGAAGCACCCAAACAUCUAUCUGUGGAAUACAAUGAUUCGUGGGAUGGUUUCCAAUGAUUGUUUCCUUGAUGCUAUUGAGCUCUAUGGAUCGAUGCAGAAAUCAGGGAUUAUGCCUGAUUACUUUACUUUCCCUUUUGUUUUGAAGGCGUGUGCUAGACUUUCGAAUUUCCAGUUGGGUGUUAAGCUUCAUUCCCUUGUGGUGAAAGCAGGUUUUGAUGAUGACGUUUUUGUUAAGACUAGUCUUGUUUGUUUAUAUGCGAAAUGCGGCCACCUCGUAGAUGCCCAAAAGGUGUUUGAUGAUAUCCCUAAUAAAAAUGUUGUUUCUUGGACCGCCAUCAUUUGUGGGUAUAUAGGGUCUGGACAUUUUGAAGAAGCUAUUGAUUUGUUUCGGGGGUUGCUGGAGAUGGGUCUGAGACCUGACAGUUUUACUCUUGUUCGAGUUUUGCAUGCUUGCAGUCGACUGGGGGAUUUAAAUAGCGGCGAGUGGAUAGAUAGAUACAUAACUGAGUGUGGCAUGCAUAGGAAUGUCUUCGUUGCCACCUCUUUGGUUGAUAUGUACGCAAAAUGUGGAAGCAUGGAAAAAGCACGCCGUAUAUUUGAUGGAAUUCAUGAGAAGGAUAUCGUUUGUUGGAGUGCUAUGAUUCAGGGUUAUGCUUCAAAUGGACUGCCCAAAGAAGCACUUGACAUGUUUUUCCAAAUGCAGAGAGAAAAUCUGAAACCUGAUUGCUAUGCAAUGGUGGGAGUCCUCUCUGCUUGUGCGAAAUUAGGAGCACUAGAGUAUGGAAAUUGGGCCAAGGAUUUGGUAGAUGCUAACGAGUUUCUUUCUAAUCCUGUCUUAGGGACUGCCUUGAUUGAUAUGUAUGCAAAAUGUGGAAGCAUGGUGCGGGCAUGGAAUAUUUUUAAACUGAUGAAGGUAAAAGAUUCUGUGGUCUAUAACGCUGUUAUUUUAGGAUUAGCAAUGAAUGGAAAUGUUAAAGCGGCAUUUGGAGUAUUUGGCGAGAUGGGAAAAAUCAGAAUUCAACCUGACGAGAACACUUUUGUAGGCCUACUUUGUGGGUGUACUCAUGCUGGUCUGGUCCAAGAUGGUCGUCAGUAUUUUAAGAGCAUGAGCGAUGUUUAUUCUUUAACUCCAUCCAUCGAGCACUAUGGCUGCAUGGUGGAUCUUCUAGCCCGGGCUGGUUUAUUACAUGAAGCUCACAAAUUGAUAAAUAGUAUGCCAAUGAAGCCUAACGCUAUUGUUUGGGGGGCACUGUUGGGGGGAUGCAGGUUACAUAGGGAUACCCAAUUGGCAGAGCAUGUGCUGAAGCAGCUUAUUGACUUAGAACCUUGGAAUUCAGGGCAUUAUGUUCUCUUAUCAAAUAUAUAUUCGGCAAAUCGCAGUUGGGAGGAAGCAGAAAAAAUUAGAUCAAUUAUGAAUCAGAAAGGGAUGCAAAAAGUACGCGGGUGUAGUUGGGUUGAAGUUAACGGGGUCGUCCAUGAAUUCCUGGUAGGGGACACAUCCCAUCCUUUGACCAAGGAGAUAUAUAAGAAGCUUCAAAGUUUAUCAAAAGACCUAAGAGAAGCUGGUUAUAAUCCAACCACAGAGUUUGUUCUCUUUGACAUAGAGGAAGAGGAGAAAGAACACCUACUUGGCUGGCAUAGUGAGAAGUUAGCUAUUGCAUUUGCUCUAAUCAGUACCCAUGACAAAGAUGUGAUUCGAGUUGUUAAAAAUCUCCGUAUUUGUGGCGAUUGUCAUGAGGCCAUUAAACUCACUUCAAAAAUUACUGGGAGAGAGAUAAUCAUUCGGGAUAAUAACAGAUUUCAUUGUUUUGUUGAUGGAUCGUGUUCAUGCGGGGAUUAUUGGUAAAGUUUUGCUGUGAUCUGAAUUCUAAACCCACUGUCUACCACGCUGUAACUACAGAACUCCUCUCGAUUGUGUUGAUGACUUCGAAUGGAACACCAUGUUCUCUGAAGUUCCACA